AGCAACCAGCUUGUGAAAAGGUCAGCCAUUUUGUAUUAUUUUUUCACAGUAAAGAAACAAGUUUAUUGUUUAUUAUUAGAAGUCGCUUCACCUGAUUGAAAUAAUUUGAGUAUAGAGAUUUCACAUGGAUCCCAAGAGUGCCCAAGAUGUCAUCCGUUGUGACCUUUGCGAUACAGAUAUAGCGACCAAGUACUGUGAUUUCUGUCAUGUCAAUCUUUGCAUCUCUUGCAUUGGAAAACAUAUUUCUGAUGAUUACGACAAACAUAAGGUUGUCCCAUUCCAAAAAAGAAAAUCAACCUUGAUUUAUCCAAAAUGCACAACACAUCAGACAAAAAAAUGUAAAUUUCAUUGCAAAGACUGCAACAUUUCUGUUUGCUCUAUAUGCACUGCAAUGUCUGAUACACAUAAGGGACAUAAUUUUUCUGCUCUUUUGGAUAUCUAUAAUGAAAAACGAAAAGUCAUUGCAAAAGACACAGAAGAAUUAAAAAAUAUUCUGUCUCCAACCUACGACGAAAUAAAAAGUGAUUUAGAAAACCAGAUAGCUAACUUAGAUGGAGAAUAUGAAAAACUUAUCAAAGCAAUGUUGAAACAGGGUGAAGAAUGGCACAGACAAAUUAAAAUCUUUAUGGACAAAAUAAAAGCAGAAAUUGAAGACAUAAAAUUGAAACACAUGAGCAUCCUAAAAGAACAUUUGGAUGAAAUUAAAAGUAUACAAAAUCUUAUUGAAGAGACACAGAUAAAACUGAGUGAAAUUGAAGAAUCAACUGAAGUAUCCAAAACAACGGAAUACAGUUCUAAAAACAAAGAAUUCUGCAAACUUCCUCCCAAAGUUCAGGUAUCACUACCAUUGUUUAUUCCAAAUACAAUAGAUAUAGAGCAGCUUUACAAGUUGAUUGGAUCUUUGUUACCAUUAUCAUCGACAAAAGAUGAGAAUGGCUACAGACUUAAGGAAGCAGGAACAUUGUCCAAAGAACUAAUGAAAGUACCAGAGCUUAUUUCUAUGGUAAAAACCGGGUAUCAACAAUUCCGCAAUGUCACUUGUAACAGUGAAGAAGAGAUCUGGACAAAUGCACGCGAUACCAGUAAUAUGAAAUGCUUUAACAUUCAAGGCUCAAUUAUAAAAACAAUAAAAACAAUAUCAAAUGAAUGGCCUAAUGAUAUAACAAUUAAUAAAGAUGGAAACCUAGUGUACUGUGACUGGAAAACGAAGACUGUGAAUGAAGUAAAGUAUGGUCAAUCAAAUGAGUUGAUCAGAUUAAAGGGCUGGACACCUCUCAAUCUCUGUGUCAGUUCCUCUGGUGAUAUCCUGGUUGUCAUGUUCAAUGAUGACGAAACAGAAUCCAAAGUUGUUCGUUAUUCAGGUUCCACAGAGAAACAAACUAUACAGUUUGAAAAUGAAAGCAAACCUCUCUAUUCAGGAAAAAACAGAAUUAAGUACAUCACUGAAAACAGAAAUCUAGAUAUCUGUUUGUCUGACUGGGAGGCUUGUGCUGUAGUAGUGGUCAGCGACACCGGCAACCUCCGAUUUAGAUACACUGGCCAUCCUUCUUCCUCUAAGAAUAAACCGUUUAGACCUUAUGGGAUAGCAACAGAUAGCCAAAGUCAUAUUCUGACAGCAGACUUCGAUAAUCACUGUAUCCAUGUCCUUGACGAGGAUGGAAAAUUCAUAAAUUAUAUAGAUAACGCUGAAUUGGAGAAUCCCUAUGGAAUAUGUGUGGACAAAAAUGAUUAUUUGUUUGUUGCUGAGUAUCAUACUGGGAAUGUGAAGAAAAUAAAGUACUUAGAGUAACUUACACCUACUAAGUAUACCUACAACAGACAGUACGCAUUAAAAUACCUUUAUUACCGUUCAAUUGGUGCAAACAUUUAAUCAGUGAAAUUUAUAGUCUUAAACAGAUAUGUAUUUUCUGAGAGUAUGAUAUGAAAUAUUUAAAUCACCAAGCUUGAACAGUGUCAGUUUUGUAAAUUUCAUGGUAUAGCGUCAUAUUGGUAAAACUACCUAGGUAUUCAACCUUCUCAGAGCAAUACAUGAUACCUCCCAUGGGAUCCCAUAAGAGGGGAACUUAUGUGUUGUCGUAGUGAUGAUUAGGAGACGAUGCUCUUCACGUGAACAUUGUUGCUUUUUUAUGUAUAUGUACUGAAAUGGAAAAAAACAAUAUUGAAGCAAUAUUCAUUUUCUUCAAAUAUCAAUAAAGGACGAGUCUCAAUAUGGCAUUAUCUUUAGUCCCCGGUUACUCGUUAAUUUUUGAACCUCUGGAGAUGGAC